GCUGCAAGUUCUCCUUUUCCGAGGCCAGGGGAAAAGACACCAGCCCUGUCACACGGGUGAUGCUGCCCGGUGAGGGCCGCGGUGCAGAGCAUGUCCCCCGAGGAGCUCGCUGCCCUGCUCUGCGGGGAAGGGGACCAGCACCUCGCCCAGCAGGACCUUCCCACAGCCACUGCCUUCUACCUGGCUGCCUUCAGCUGCUGUGCCCCCGUGGCGGUGCAGAGAGUGAACUGCAUGGACAGCGGGCUGCAGGAGCGGCUGAUAGCCACUCUGGAGAGCUGGUGCAAAGGCAAGGGGCAGAUUCCCAGCAUCCAGAGCAGGAACCUGGCCGUCGUGUCCCUCAGUGUGGGAAUAGCUGCCAUCUUCCUGUCCACCCUGAGCCCCGACAACGUGGCAUCCUCGGUGUACAGGCUGGAGGCCCUGCUGCGGCGGGGGUGCCCCGAGGAGGUGGUGAGGCAGUGCAAUGCCCUGCUGCAGGCGGGCACAGGGUGUCCCCUGGAGCUGCUGCUGCUGAGGGCCUUGGCGGCGGUGCUGUCGGGGACACGGCUCAGGGAGGGGGUGGCAGGGUAUGUCCAAGCCUUUGCGCUGCACGGGGCCGAGGCGGUGGCCCAGGUGUGCAACAGGCAAGGGGAGCACCUGCCACGGGUCAUCCAGGCCUUCUCCAGUUACCUCUCAGCGUGUCAGGAGGAAAGCCCAGACUGCAGCUCCUCGGACCAGUGGCUGGGCAACUGCUACGGCUUCCUGUCGGCGGUGGCACCGGGGGAUGUCUGGGUCUGCAGGCUGCAGGCAGCUCACCUCCUAAAAAAGGGCAGAUUCCAAGAGUGUGUGGCCAUUUGUACCAAGGCCCUCAAGGGUUUCUCAGCUGAUCAGCUCAGAGAUGAGGCAGCUUUGGGUCUGCUCUUGGAACGGGCUGCUGCCUAUUUCUCCCUGGGUGGAUGGAUGGAGGAGAUGAUGCAGGAUUUAGCAGAAGCCUUUGCUGCAAACCCUGCCCAGGCCAGGAAACUCUUUGAAGAGCUUUUCUCGCCACGUGACACUGAGAAGAUUGAAGACCAGGCUAGAACUGUCCUGGAGGUGAAGUUUGCAGCAUACAGGGAGGCUGUGCGGGCUCGCACCGAGCUCAGGGGCAAUCGUGGGACUGAACUGCUCCCUCCUGUCAUCCAGACCAUCCAGCUCCUCCUGCAGCUCUGCCCGGGGUCCCAGAGGGAGCUCAGUGUCCGGCUGGCAGACUGCCAGCUCCUGCAGGGCCACCCCGGGGCUGCCCUGGCCAUCUGUGACCAGCUCCUGGCAGCAGAGCACAAAACCUACCACAACACCCUGCUGGCACUGCGAGGGUUCUGCUCCCUCCACGCCCAGGACCAUCAGCAAGCCCUGCAGGACUUUCAGAAGGUCAUUGAGCACUAUUCCCCACACCCCAACAGCUGCAUUAAAGCCCUGUGUGGCCGUGGGCUCAUCCGCAUUUCUGGUGGCAGCUCCUACCUGACAGCCCUGGAUUAUAUCACGGCCUGCCAGCUGAAGCUGGAAGAAACCAUCUUCACAAUCAAGUCCUAUGUGCCAUGGAACCAAAGGGGACUGCUGCUGAAAGUUCUCCAAGAGGAAGGACAGAGGAUGCUCCAGAAGAAGAGAGAUGCCCCUGGGGUUUUCCAGCUGGCCUGUCUCUUGGUGGAGCUGGACACUGCUGAUGAGGCCUCAAGGAUCCUCUGUGCUGAUGCCUUGUACCAGAUGGGCCGUGGGGAAGAAGCCCACAGGCUGCUGUCGCUGGCCCUCUCCAGAAACCCCCACAGGGCUCCUGUCCUGGCCAGGCUGGCGCUGCUGCAGCUGAAGAAAGGGUUUGUGUAUGAUGGGAACCAGAAGCUCCAGGAACAGCAACAGGGAGAGCUGUUGACACAGUGGGAUUUGGAGCCCACAGAUGCCCCUGGGGUUUUCCAGCUGGCCUGUCUCUUGGUGGAGCUGGACACUGCUGAUGAGGCCUCAAGGAUCCUCUGUGCUGAUGCCCUGUACCAGAUGGGCCGUGGGGAAGAAGCCCACAGGCUGCUCUCGCUGGCCCUCUCCAGAAACCCCCACAGGGCUCCUGUCCUGGCCAGGCUGGCGCUGCUGCAGCUGAAGAAAGGGUUUGUGUAUGAUGGGAACCAGCUGCUACAGAGAGUGAUCAGAACUGGAGAUACCUCCUGCCUUCUGCCCAUCAUGGACAUUUUCAAGGAUGAGGACAGGAAGCUGAUGCAAACCCACUGCCACGUCCAAGCACUGGCCAUCCUGGAGAGCCAACAGGAGGAUGCUCACAUCAAAGAGGCCAUUGCCUACCUGUCCUUUGCAAUUAUUGCUGCAGGUGGUGCUGCUGGAGAUUGCCUCCUCAGCAGGGCUCGGUGCUACGGGCGCCUUGGCCAGAUGAAAACUGCUAUUUUUGAUUUCAAUGCCAUCUUGAGGGAGGAUCCCAGCAACGUGCAGGCUCUGAGCGGCCGAGGAUUCGUUUUCCUUGCCCUGAGGCGGCAGAAGGAGGCAGUGCAAGAUUUGAUCUCAGCACUGAAGGUGGAGGCAGAGGCAGUGAUCCCAGCAAUCCUGUCCCUGAAGGGUGAAGCCCAGGAGUUGAUCACUGGGUGGCUCCUCCAGCACGGCAGGGCUGCGCUGACCCAGCUCGUGGCUACCACGGACACCUCAAAGGGAGAAACCCUCGGGGACCUCCUUGUGAUUGCAGGAGCGCUGAUUAAAAUCUGCAAGGCUGCACAGUGUCACAUCUUCUACACAGAUGUCCUGAUUGCAAGUGGGAGGUGUGAGGAGGCCCUUACCCAUCUCCAGGGAGCGUUUGGCCACUGCCCCACGGAGGACUUUGCCAGGGCACGACUGGCUGUGCUGCAGCUGAAGAGCAGGGACGUGGCAGGAGCAGCUCACUCGCUCAGUGCCCUGGCCCAGAGAGAUGAAAGGGAGCUGGAAUUUCUCCUGAACUUUGUAGACACCGAGCAACAGCAGCAGCUCGCUCAGGUACAGUCUUUUUUUUGAUC